AUGGUGUCGACGCUGCUGAGCCAGUACGCCAUACCUCAUGUCGUCCUCGAGAGGGAUGCCGAAGUGACGGCAGACCCUCGCGGGAUUGCGCUGGAUGAGGACGGCAUUCGUUGUCUUCAAGCCUGCGGCAUCUACGACAAGGUCUUUACAGAGAUAGGCCAAGCUAUGGGAACUUUCAGGUUCGUCGGGGGCGUCCAUAGCAAUCUAUCUCGAAAGCCAUUCAUGGCAAUGGACUACAGCACGACUGAGGGUGGCACCGGUCAUCCCGGCUUUUUAUGCCAUCGCCAGCCACUGAUUGAGUCAAACCUCAGGUUGCGCAUGAAAGAACUUGGUGUGGCAGAUAUUCGAUUGGGUGCCUGCGUUGAUGCGAUACGUGAGGACAGCGAAUGGGUCUACGCUUCUUACACCGUUCCUUCUGGUGACACGCACACCAUCCGCAGCAGGUUCCUUGUGGGCGCCGAUGGCAAAACUGGCUUCACGCGAAAGAACUACCUGGAGCCGCGAGGCGUAGCCUUGGAAAGAGAAGCGAGUGCGCCCUACGACAAAGUAUGGGUUGCACUCAACUGGAGAAUCACAUUUCCGACUCAAGCGACUCACCCGGAGUUUCCGUUGUGGGAGAAGGGCUACACGCCAGAGCAGGUCUACAAUGAGUUCUUCCCUAAGAACUUCCGAUUCUUGUGCAACCCUACUCGCGCGGCCGUCUGUGGUCGGUUCGGCCUCGAGAGCGACCGCCUGUGGCGCUUCGAGUUUGUUGUCCUGCCGGGAGAAGACUCGACCGAGAUGGCAAGCCCGGCAAAUAUUGCCAGGAUUGUCUACCCGUACAUAACCCAUCCUGGAUCUCAAUACGGGCUGCCCCAGAAGGAAAUCAUGUUCCCUCUGGACUGUAUUGACGUACUUCGCUGUCGUCCCUUCCGCUUCGCAGCAAGAAGCUGCAACAAGUGGUCGCUCGGCCGGGUGAUACUUUGCGGCGACGCAGCGCAUGUCUUUCCGCCAUUCGGCGGCCAAGGCAUUGCCUCGGCCUUUCGCGAUGCUUUGUCGCUGGUUUGGCGGCUCCGAAUAGCGGUUAAUCGUCCCUCAGGGCCUAAUAGAGUAGAUCACGAGAAGCUGCUCGAAGGCUGGUACUCAGAGCGAAAACAACAGCUCGAAAAGUCCCUCAGAUCAACCGUCGAAAACGGAGAUUACGUCACCGAAUCGAGCGCCGUCAAGAUAUUCGUGCGUGACUGGUAUCUUUGGACACUUCAGCUUGUUCCCAGCUGGAAACACUGGCUUCACCUUGGCAACCGCAGGGAAGGGAUGGUCAAAUACAAAUGGGUCGACGGGAAGGGCAUGGCCUUCGUGCCAACUCUAGGGGGUGGCAUCAACUUUCCCCAGGUGUAUGCCAAGCGACUCGCUGGCAAGCAGUGUCAAACUGAGCCAGUUCAUCUUACAGACGACGUCAUAUUUGCUUCCAACAAAGUCGGUCUGUUCCAGCUUGUCGUUCUACUGACUCCAGUCAAUGGUCACAAUCCAGUGUUCGACUUUGGAGAACUGGCGGGCUUAAAAGAGGCGACGGGUGGUCAUCUGAGAGAAGGUGAGGCGUCUGUCUUUCUGAACGCCACCGGGCCCGCUCAGUUGGGCAGCGAGUCUGAAACCGCAUAUCGCCUUGCAACAGCCGACGAGUUCGCAGAGGAUGUCCUCUGCGCCAAUAGGCCGUACCCGAGAGGCUACGACCCUUUCCGCAUGGCCAAGGGGGUUGGAUCUCGCAGAUUUAUUGUCUUGCGGCCAGACCGCUUCGUCUUCGCUGCUGUGAACACCACGGCCGAGCUGGUCGAUGUGGCGAGAAUGAUCCGCAGCCUUGUGGACAACGGGAGGUUGAAAUAG